GAUGAAGACAGGAGAAGCGGCCUUGCGAUGAAUCAGAAUUAACAAGGAAAUAAGCCAUCACAGGAUGAGAUACUGCUUUAAACUUGGCGACGGAGGUAUCGAACGAUGUUCAUUUUACAGCGCUUAUACGAUGGAUAGUAUUAUACCGAAUGGAGGGAGCGGUAGACUAUGCUUCCCUCCGGGCUUCUUUCUAGGGGCUUUUCAGUCUAAGAGCGCUUCUGCAAGCGCUUCCACGGUAUGGGCGAUUUAGUGAAGACAUCCACGAGUCUAAACAUCAGCAAUACAAUCGUUUUGGGCAAUAUCGUGGAAUAUUUAUGUUCUUAAAGAUUCUGGAAUAGGAUUAUAUAGGUGGAGCUGCGGUUUAUUUAAUAAAACAUGAGCCCCGCUCGGUACACUGUGGUCCCAAUAUAUGGGUUGAUGUAUUGCUGUUGAUGUUCGAGUAUUGUGAGUCGCUGAUUUUCUAAUGAACGCGGAUCAUUUUGGGCAUCCUAAAUGUUACACCUGCAUGGCACGACCCUAAAUUGAUAGACUACGAGAACAUUAACAUUUGCUCGUGCAUGGAGACCCUCUAGGCUACCUAAUUUAGGGUGGCAUGAUAGCAUCUCCCCAUGGAGAAUAUUUAUGCAACCCGACGCAGUGUUUUAAUUGAGAUAAGAGACAUGUCAUGGGUCUUUUGUUCAGGCUAUAGGCUGCUGGUGAUAAGACCCUCAAAUGCUCCACCUUACCUCCAAAAUAGUGUUUUAUAGCCUACUACUGUCAUCAUCAGUGAGGAACAUAAAUAACAUCAAUAAUUAUUAUCACUGUGGUUAGCUUUUGUCAUUGGACAGACUGAUCCAAUUAUUGUCCAGAGGUGCUCUCUCUCUCUCUCUAGUAAGAUUUCAAUAUUGAGAAACCCCAGCCCGACUGUGACCAUGUCGAAAGCUGCCACUAAAGAGAAAAAAUCAUUCAGCAAGAAGCUCUUCCGAAGGGGCUCAGUGCGCUCCGUGGGGAGCUUUAUGAACAGAGUUCUCAGGACUCUGUCGACUCUGUCCCAUUUCGGCAACGAAGAGCAUCAAGAUGAAGACAAGGACGAUGCAAGUUCCAUCCCGGCCACCACUGGCGGCUCUGUCCCCUCCGACGACAGUGACUGUGGCGGGUUCCUGUUUGGGGACAAGGUCCCCGGAGUUGCCGGACUCAAGAACCAUGGCAACACCUGUUUCAUGAACGCUAUCUUGCAAUGUCUGAGCAACACGGAGCUAUUUGCUGAAUAUCUAGCAUUGGAACAAUACCGUGGAGAGGACAACAGUCACGGUACUAAUGACAAAUCGACCGAAUCGAAUAAACCGAAGUCAACCAACGGUGUCUGUAUCCAAAGAAAGGGACACCAGCAGGAGUCAGGUGAAGUCACCGAGCAACUUUCUGGUCUCGUCCGCGCUCUGUGGACGUUUGAGUACACCCCACAACACAGCCGCGAAUUCAAGAACGUUGUGUCGAAGAGUGCCCUGCAGUUCCGGGGCAACGCUCAGCACGAUGCUCAGGAGUUCCUCCUGUGGCUCUUGGACAGAGUUCACGAGGACCUCAACAACAUCGUCCUGCCCAGCAGCAGACCCCCCAGGAAGCCUCCGUUGGAGGAAGAAAAUGUCCCCGAAGGAUCCUCAUUACCAGCAGCUGGCUCUUUCGUACAAGAGCUAUUUCAGGCUCAAUACAGGUCCUCCCUGACUUGCCCUCACUGCCAGAAACAGAGCAACACCUUUGACCCUUUCCUCUGCAUCUCACUGCCCAUCCCGGUACCGCACACUCGGCCCCUGUAUGUGACGGUGGUGUACCAGGGAAAGUGUUCCCACUGUAUGAGAGUGGGUGUGGCUGUGCCUCUCUCCAGCACUGUGUCCAGGCUGAGAAGCGCUGUGGCCCAGGAGACCAAAAUACCCUCAGAACAGAUUGUCCUUACUGAAAUGUACUCCGAUGGCUUUCACCGCUCUUUCUGUGACGACGAUGACGACCUUGAGAUCAUUCAAGAGAGCGACUCCAUAUUUGCCUUUGAAACACCGGAGUUGUUUAGACCAGAGCAGAUCCGGUCUCAGCGAGGAAGUCCCCAUGCUAAUCUGAAUCAGAACAACUUGAAGUAUGGGACAGACAACAACAGGCUACAGGUGUCGACAAAAAUGGAAGAGUCAGUGACUCCCCCUCCGAGCCCCAAUAAGACCAGCGUGGCUGACAAGAUCAUUCUGCUGGUGUGUAACAGAGCCUGCGCUGGACAGCAGGGACGCAGGUUUGGCCAUCCGUUUGUGCUGUAUCUGGAGCGGAAUGUCACCUGGGACGUUCUGCAGAAGGAGAUCCUGGAGAAGAUGCGUCACCUUUUGCGUCCUGGGGUCUUUGUCCAGGUUGGGCCCUUCAGUUUGCGUGUAGUGGGGGUGGUUGGAAUCACGUAUCUCUUACCUCAAGAGGAGCAACCACUGUGCCACCCCUCUGUGGAGAGAGCGUACAAAUCUUGUGGGCCAGGAGGCCCCCCACAUGUCAAGAUUGUGGUGGAAUGGGACAAAGAGACAAAAGACUAUCUGUUCAAACGCACCGAGGACGAGUACAUCCCAGAUGCUGAGAGUGUACGUCAACAGAAAGACGGACAUCUGCAGCCUCAGACGUGCUCCCUCGCCCAGUGCUUUCAGCUCUACACCAAAGAGGAACAGCUUGCUCCAGAUGAUGCCUGGCGCUGCCCACACUGCAAGCAGCUACAGCAGGGCAGCAUCAAGUUGAGCCUCUGGACCCUGCCUGACAUCCUCAUACUGCACCUCAAACGCUUCAGACAGGACGGAGACCGGAGGAUGAAGAUGCAGAACAUGGUGAAGUUUCCUCUGAUCGGGAUGGAUAUGGCGCCCCAUAUGGUCAAGCGGAGCCAGAGCAGCUGGAGCCUGCCCUCGCACUGGUCACCAUGGAGACGACCUUACGGGAUGGGCCGCGACCCAGAGGACUACCUGUAUGACCUGUACGCUGUGUGUAACCACCACGGGACAAUGGCGGGAGGUCAUUACACAGCUCACUGUAAAAACUCCAUCGAUGGCAUGUGGUACUGCUUUGAUGACAGCGAUGUCCAAGCCAUAUCUGACGAUGACGUCUGCAAGCAGAACGCCUACAUACUGUUUUAUCAAAGACGGGCCACCAUCCCAUCAUGGUCUGCUAACAGCUCCGUUGCAGGUUCGACCAGCUCGUCUCUGUGUGAACACUGGAUCAGCAGGUUGAUAGGGAGUCGUCCUCCUAGCCAGGCCUCAUCUGGCUCCUCCAGACGCACUUCGCUGGCCUCCCUCUCGGAGUCGGCCGAGUUCACUGGGGAACGCAGCGAAGACGAUGGCUUCUCUACCCGCCCGGCGGUGCGGAGUAUCCAGAGACAGACCUUCUCCUCACGCUCCAACAUGGCCAGCCCUCUGGCCCUCAGCGAGAACGGCUCAAAGCCCUCCUGGUCCCUCUCCACCAAGCUCCAUCUGCGCUCCAACUCUCCCUCGCGCUUCUCCCUGGAGUCCCACUCCUCCUCGCCCACCCUUGAGAGGAUAGGCGAGGCGGUUGAUGACAAGGUCUCCACCUCCUGCUUUAGCGGCUCGGCGAAACCCGAGGUACGGGCUGGAGGUAAGACACCCCUGGUCCUGGAUGGUAAUGCAGGGGCUAAAAGGCUCUUGGAGCAGGUGCACUCCAAGGCCAUUCCCCAGGCUGAGCUGAGGAGCUCCAGCCCGGCAGGGGGUAACAGUAACGGGGCCACGGCCAUGGAGCCAGGCAGCCCGGGUCAAGGAGCAAUCGCUAAGGAGCCUAAACAACGAGGAGCAGGGGGAGAGGAGGAUGCCGGGGCCAGGAGAAACUCGGCAAAGACUGUUGAGACCGAGAAGAGCCCCAAGAAGCACCCGACCACCCCCUCCCCGUCCCCCUCCCACACCUCCUCUGCGACCCACGCAUCGUCACCUUCUCGAACCCAAGCCAAGAGCGUGGCGGCCACAGUGUCCAACCCCAAAGAAAAAAGCGAGGGUGCAGUCAAAAAAACCAGCAAGACCUCCUCAGCCAAAACAGCCACCCCCACGAAAAGGGAGCCGUUGCAGACCCCAGAAACACUUCACCCUGAAACAGCAAAGCAAAGGAAGGGAGGCUCCCCCAGGUCCCAGAGUUCCUCGGCACACCCGCCGAGGAAGACAUCGCCUAGAGGGACGGUGGAGAGGAGCUCCGCAUCAGCGAGAACUAGAGCAGCCGAGAGAAGCGCCAGUCGGGAGACGUCGCGGACCACCUCAGUGUCAGAGAGGGGGGUGAACCACGGUGGUCCCUCCUCCAGGGCCAGUGGUGUGUCCCGGGGAGGAGAAAUGUGUGCCGCUGGCCGGGGCGAAGGUAGGGCGGGGCGAGGGGCGGAGAGCAGGGCCGGGGGGAGGAGCACCAGCAGCAGCUCCUCCAUGACCAGCCUGCGAUCGUCCAGUGUGAGCGGGGCAGCGGCCUCAGCAGCGCCACCCAGGGGACCUGGUAGGAACAGCAAGACGGAGGAAAAGGGACUCAACUUCUUCAAGAGUGCCCUGAGGCAGAAAGAGACACGCAGGUCCACGGACGGGGGAAAGCCAACCACGACGGCCAAAGCAGGGACAGGCGAGGCUAAAGGCAACUCAGAAGAGGGGGCUGGGGAGGAGACUGGAGAAGGGGCGGGGAAUGGAACAGCCAAGAGGGCCCAGCAGGGGAACCCAGAGGCCCAGAUGAUCACACCCUCGGCCAAAGAAAAGGAAUCCUCCAAGACGUCCAACCCAGCCAAGCACUCUAUACUGUCCUCCGCCAAGUCCAAGUCUUCCGGAGCAGAGACGGGUGGAGUGGAGAAAGCCUCUGCCAAUGGGAAAAAACCUCCUGAAAAGAGGUUGCCGCCAUCCCGAAAGAUCCCCAUCAAUUCUUCACGAAUCACCCAGAAGUCAAAGUGAGAUAUCUUUGGGGGCCCAAAACAAUCGCUGAAGUGAAGCUCUAAGGUGUCUCAAAGAUUGAACUACAUCUCCUCUUUGGGAGCGACUUUUGAAAAGCACUUCUGGCUUUUCAUUGGCCCCGGGUGAUUGCAAGCUGCCAUACAUGACAGUCUGUCCCUGUCCACUUUAUUAUAUAGUAAUGGAUUGAAACAAAGCACUUUGUAUGGAUUGCAUUGUUAAUUCUUUUUUUUGAAAAAUGAUUUUAAUCAAAUGGAUUAUUAUAUGAACUGCACAUGUAAUGACAUUUUUACCUGGUUCUUUAGCGUACUUUGACAAGGUUCGUCUUGGGCCGACGUCGGAAAAAACUUGUGUAGCGAGCAAGUGCGUUUGUUAAGCAGUGUCAGGAUGAGAAUCCCUGUAACUCACACAAUAGAUCACACAUGGAAUACUACUCAGUCACCAGAUGUAGUUAACGAGCAGUGUUUUACAUCUCUGACUUCUUUGUACUUUGAAAACUUCUGGGUCCACUUUCAAAUAGUUCAAGACAUUCCACACCAGGCAGAGCAUCUAAAUAUAUGGAGCCAUGAAACAAACACGAAUACCUAUCCUAAUCCCAGUUAAUAGCUCAUUUGAAACAGUAUAGGUCAGUAUAGGACAGUACCAGUCAAAAGUUUGGACGCCAACUCAUUCUAGGAUUUUCCUUUAUUUUUACUGUUUUCUACAUUGUAGAAUAAUAGUGAAGACGUCAAAACUAAACUAUGAAAUAACACAUGUCAAAUCUCAUAUUAUGUGCUGUCAAUGCAGGUACAUUUGUAAUCCCAAAUUCACUGGUAUUAGUUGUCCAGUACUGAUAAUCCCAGUUUGAGCAACUCCAAUUCCAGAUUUACAUAAUGAAUAAUCCCAGUUUAACAACUCUUGGUUUUCAUUUUACUUAAACUCCCAGUAUGAUAACAUAAUCCCAAUUUAACAUUAGUGAUUGUGCAACAACAUUUUGCUAGCCUAUGUAGGACAUUAUAAGUAUCCAGGACUAGAGGUGUGUGUUUACCUGCCAAUAGCAUUAAAGGGACCCAUUAGAAAUAUACAAGGAAGGUGACAUCGAUCAAUGAUUUUGGAAUGUUGGGACUGUGGUUCUUCACUCUCCCUCUGGUUGUACUGAUUUUGGAAUAGUAGUGACAUCAUAGUGUGACAUAAUAACCCCCCCCCCCCCCCCCCCCCCCAGAGUGCCCUAACAACUCCACUCACCUCUGCCCCAGACUGGUGACCACUGUCACUGCGGGUGGUCAAGGCCUGACAGGGGGACCACAUUCAGACUGCCAGACAUCUCGAAACAUUCCUUAAGACGAACACAGGGUCGACGUGGAAAAAAAGAUACACUCAAGGCCAUCAAAGAGAUUGCUAAAGUCAAUACACGGGGACGUCUUUCUAAGAUCACCAUAUAUGGUGCGUUUGGAUCCGCCCUAUCCUUUUCUGUCUUUCUCUGUGUCAUCACAGCUUGUGCCUGUGCACAUUUUUGGCUUAUGCGCUACCAAGCAUAUUUCCCGCGUAGAAUGCACUGACUUAGAUUCAGAAAAGUGAUCGCCGUGAUGAAAUGUAUGACAGCAAUCUUUGCAUGAAAUUGCUUAUGCAUGCAUUAAACUAUGCAAGCAACACUUGCUAAUGUCCACACAAGUAAUACUGCUACUUUUGGAUGUGUAUAUAUUUCUAACUGUAUAUUUUUCCAAAUGCCUGCAUCAGAGAGCAUGUUUAGGCAUCAUUCAAUGCUUUAUUUGCACAUUUUCUUCAGAGUAUAAUCUUUUUUUUUAAUGAAUUGUAGGUAUUGCUCCUUCACCUUAAAGUAAAUCAACUCACUUGCGAAUGAAUGAUUUCUGUAUUGUAUUCAUUUGACUCGUGUUUGAUUCCAAACCAUUUAAGGGACACGCUACCCCAUAGACCUCUGCAACCAAACAUCGAAUAACUAAAUAUAAGAAAUACAUUUGGAAACAACUGGUAUGAUUGUGAAAUGUCACUUUGUCAUGGUUUGAGAGUAGGUACUUUUCAGAUGGUUUUAGUGACUGAAUCCCCAACUAGUUUAUAUAAUUCAUUCAUUCAAAUAGCCAAAGACAAUAUACAAGAUUAUUUUCAGUGGAAUACUUUAUGAACCUGUUAUCUAAAUACUGGCUGUAGCUAUAAUCUCCCAGAUGUUUUUCAAAGUGAGACGAUACAGUAAAGGGUGAUACAGGGGUGACCUUUAUCAGCAUUCCCUUUGCAACCACACUGCCUUCUGUUGCCUUGUUCAAAAUCGUCCUUUCCAAGGAGUACCCUUAUAAUCUCAUAUACACACCGAGUGUACAAAACAUUGGGAACACCUUCCUAAUAUUGAGUUGCACCUCCCUUUGCCCUCAGAACAGCCUCAAUUCGUCGGGGGAUGGACUC